UCGUCUCUCUCUCUCUCUCUCUCUCUCUCUCCUUCGUUGAUUUGUGUUGCUUUCUUCUUGCAACUGUAUUUGUAUAUGAUCCUUUGGAUCCCCAAUCCUCCAAAUCCAAGGCUGGUCGCUGAUAUGUGUUAGGGCAAAUUUGAUCCUGCAAGUCUCAGGAAUUUUGAGGGGCAAGGGAGAUGUCCAGGUUUCGUGCACUGUGGCAAGCUUCUCUUAAUGCAACAAAGAGAGCUCUCGCAUGGAAUUUGGAAGACUUGAUUCCUCCGAGCGAAAGAUAUAUUUUCAAUUUCAAUUCAAAGGAAGAGCUAAAAAAGUGGCAUCUGUAUUCAGAUUCUGAAUAUGGAGGUUUGUCCUCAGCGUCUUUGGAGAUCAGAGAUGCUGGAAAUGAAUUAAGAGGUAACUCUCAGUGGAUAUUACUCUAUAUGUCAGAGCACAGGAAUAACCCUGGGUCUUCAACUAUGCUACAAUGGACUUUGGUAUGGGUGUCGGGGGUUUUCUCUGGAAAACUUUCUCUGGAUGUAGCUGAGGAUUCAAAAUGGAACAUUUCUCGGAGUGGCUUUUGUGGUAUGCGCUCUAAGAAG